AAACUAAACUGGCAACAUUGCCUUUAUCGUCUGCUGCAUUUAAUCAAAACAGGUCAAAGUUUGAAAGUCAUGCUGUGAGAAUCGGAAAUUAAUUUUAUUAAAUAUUUACAUUAUAAAGUGUAAGGUUGCGGCAUUUGAAAAAAAAAAAUAAUGCCUAUUGGUGUAUUUUAUACGAAUGUUCCUGAUAAAGAUAUGCCUGAAAAUUUCGAAGUGGACUUAUCAAAAAUUUUAGCCGAGAUACUUUCAAAACCUUUAGAGAGAAUUCUUAUUAAUGUUAUUCCUGGUCAAAGAAUGGCUUAUGGAGGAACAUCAGAGCCAGCAUGUUGGUUGAAUUUGUGGUCAAUAGGAGUUUUUGAUAAGGAGAGAAAUCCAAAUUAUGCCACAAAAUUAUAUCCAUUUAUUACUGAAUCUUUAGGCAUAAAAAGUGAAAAAAUUGUUCUUCUAUUUCAUCCUAUUGAAGCUUAUCAAAAAGCUAUGCCGUCAUAGCUUUUAACUGAUUAAUCUGGAGCAUUGCUUUUCAACUGUUUUAAUUGAAUGUGUAAAUUGUUUCUUACAUUGCUCUAGCAUAAUUGGAAUGAACUUUUAUCUUACUACUUAUAUAAAUUCUUAACUUUUAAUAAAAUGCUAAUGAAUCAUUCCAUACUUCCAAAUUAGAAUAUAGCUUUUUGUUUAUUUGGAAUAUAUAUAUAUAGCUGAAUAGAAAUUUCAUUUUAGGCUUUACUUGUAAUGUAUUAUUAUUAACUUUAUAUAGAUUUUCUGUACUUUUCUCACUCAUUUACAUAAAACAGUGAAGUCAUGAAGAUUUUCUGUAUUAUAAAAACAUUAUUGUAGAAUCUUAUAUUUUGUUUGCAAUAACAGUUAUGAAUAUGAAGUUUUAAGAAUGACAAAAAGAAAUUCUUAUAUUUAUUUUAUGCAUUUUUUAAAAAAUAUUUUUGAAACUCUUUAUGACUAAGUAUUUUUCACAAAUAAAAAGUAUGUUACAAAGUUUUUAAUUAAUGUAAGAACAUUAGUCUGAAAUUCAUAAUACUUUAUGAAAGUAUCUACAAAAAUAUAGUAUUAAAUUAUGUCUUUUUCAUUGCUCAAUGUCAUAAAGAAAAAGUGCCAUUAUAUGGGGAACUUAUUCACUGUGCUUUAACAAAUGUUAAAAUCGUGCAUGUUGUUAUCCCUUGUUAAUUUUUGCAAGACUUUAAACAAUGUUCCUCAAAGUAUGUGCAAUAAUAUAAACUUGUUAAUUGUUUUUUAAAAAUAAAAAUUUGUGAACUCCUUGGCUUUA